GAAAAUACUUAGAUAAAUAUUAUGUUUGCAUAUAUUACUUGCUAACUCAAUUAUGAAUUUGUUUUUAGAUUUAAAUAUAUUUGAUUGAAAUGGGUUUAUAUUGUCUUUUAACUGAUUUAAAUCAGUCAAAGUAUUGCAUUGUUCCAACCCAGAAUGUUUUUGAACUUAAUGAGAAGAAUAAUUUGAAAAGGAUUCGAUCAGACACAUAUCAGGCCGACAAAAAAUAUUAUGUCAGAGGCACUAGUUUACAAAUUGGCAUUGGAGGUUUUUACAUCAUUGAUUCACAUGAUGAUUACAAAGUUUUGAGAAAAAGGAACCCAGUGGAUUCGCGCAUAACCAUAGCAAAAUUACCAGAUUAUAGUCCAUCAACUGAGUCAAAAGUAUCAAAGAAGGCAGGUACCUCGAAAAUCUCUAAUAGUGAACAGAUAGUAAAAAAGCCUGGCUUUCCUCGCAAAUCAACGGAAAAAUCUACAGUUGUGACUGCAAGGAAGGAGAGUGAAUUUAAUUCGGCAGAUUAUUAUCUGGAACAGGAGAUAGCAACAGGUUCUGGGAAUACUCGAGAAACAGGAGUAACAGAAGUAACAGAAGGAACAGAAGUAACAGAAGUAACAGAAGAAACAGAAGAAGGUACUUCUAAAGAUAAUAAUAGUAAAUCACCAGAAAUAGCAGAAGAAACAGGGAUGGCAGCACCAGGAAAUCGUGAAAAUUCUGACAAUCUAAGGAACAAUGAUAGCGACAGUGAACCUGAUGAUUUUGAUAAUAACAAGGAAAAUCCUUCUAUUUCUACAAAAAGUCGUUCGCUUUCAAGAACGUUCCAGAUACCUCGACCAAGGACAAAACAAUUUAUUCGGAGACCUUUUUCUCGUGUGCAACAACUAAAGAGAUUGCAAAAAAAAAAAGAAAAAUAAAAAUGAUAAUUCACUACAGUCUCCUCGACAAAAGUGUCGAUCAAAUCCGAGAAUUCCGACUUUUACUGAAAUAAUUACGGUGGAAAAUAACAUUGAAGUAAGUGUUUAAUGUAAUUAAUGCAUGACUAAAAAAUUGAAAAGGAGGAAGAAAAAUUUUCCAAGCUUUAUUGUGAAUUUUUAAGAUUGUGUCUUAGUCUGAAAAAACCCUGUUAAGAUAACAAAGAAAAUUUGUACAAUGCUUAAACUAACAAAAAAUUGAUCCAAAAUUUUUAUUAAUUUAAAACUCAAAUAAUUGAAAAUAAUCCUUCGUUAUUAAUCAUGAAGCUAUGUAAGUUUAAAAAAUACAUUUAAAGCUCUAGGAGUCUUAGAACUAAUAAAAUGAAUAUAUUACAUUGUUAAAACUUU